AUGGCAUCAAACGACGCUGGAAGGCCGUUGCCCAAAUUUGGGGAUUGGGAUGUGAAUGAUCCGGCAACCGCGGAUGGAUACACGGUGAUAUUCAGCAAAGCCGGUGAAGAUAAGAAGACAGGAAGGAGUUCGACGAAAACGAAUUCUCAGAGGAAACAAGACGGUGAUAAACCAGCGGUUAAGAAAUGGCUCUGUUUCACCUUUUCUUGA